AUGUAUUCCUCUGAAGAAAGAAAGAAUAAUGAAGAGAACGACCAUACAAAAUGGAAGACAACACUUACUCCAAGAACUGUUAGGCGUCCAAAGAAUGAGUCCAGUGAUGACAGGAAGGAGAAACAUCAAGCCACACCCACUUCAAGAUCUGAGAGUCAUUACAGAGAGGGAAAGUCCAGACGAGAUGAGCAAAGAGAUAAGCGUAAAGAAAGAAAAAAGAGAGACAUUGUCGCAUCUGCAUCUGUCUUCAGUAUGGGACCAGCUGAGAAGAUGAUGACUGAUAAUAGAGUGAAAUCUGAACCUCUUAGUGAUGAUGAGGUCAUGGAAAUUGACAAACCACAUUCGGUACAUAAACCAGUUAAACCAGACAAGCAAUCUGACUCACUUUUAAAGGUGGUUAUUGAAGGAGAUCUAGAAGAGGCAAAGAGUUUUGUGGCUGCUAGGCAACAGGAACAAGGUGUUCAAGAGAAUAGCGAUUCUGAUCAGGAGGCGGAGUCAACUACCAA